CUUGCUCUAUAUAAACAAAUUAAAGCGGAAGCAGCGGCAGCGGCAGCAGUAGCUAGGGUUUAAGGUACCCGUCUCGGUGUCAGCCAUUCUUUUUCGCGAGAGAGCUUGGACUCGCGGGAUUGAAAAUGGUGAAGGGACGUCAAGGAGAGCGAGUCAGGCUUUAUGUUCGGGGAACAAUCUUGGGUUAUAAGAGGUCGAAGUCCAACCAAUAUCCAAACACAUCACUGGUCCAAGUUGAGGGAGUCAACACCAAGGAAGAGGUUGCAUGGUAUGCUGGGAAGCGUAUGGCAUACAUCUACAAGGCCAAGGUGAAGAAGAAUGGAUCCCACUAUCGCUGCAUCUGGGGCAAGGUCACCAGGCCUCAUGGUAACAGCGGUGUAGUGAGAGCCAAGUUCAAAUCAAAUCUGCCUCCAAAGUCAAUGGGAGCUCGAGUGCGGGUUUUCAUGUAUCCCAGCAAUAUCUGAGGUACAGUUUGCUUUAUAUAGUCAUUACUGGUGGGUAGUUUAGGUUUAGCUUCUCAUGCCUCUGAGUGCUUUCUUUAUCGAGGACUGUUUAUGGCUGUAGUGAGAACUCUUUCUCUUGUCCGGAUCUUGUGAUUUUUAAUUGAAUUUUGGCUCUUAAGAUU